AUGAUUAUCGAUGUUGUUUUCGUGGGAAAUAUUUCAUUCGUUUCGGCAGCCGCUCAGUUUCCACUGUCGAUGCCUGGUGUACAGCCAAUGCAGAACGAAACAUAUUUGUGCACUGCCUUCCACUUUGCACCAAAUCAGCAUAAGUAUAUUGUGUCAUUCGAGCCCAACGCAACGAUGCACGUCGCGCACCACGUUCUCAUCUACGGGUGCGCGACACCGGGCUACCGUGAGUGGGAUAGCCCGAGGGUCGUCUGGGACUGUGGGGAGACGGAGUCCUUUGGUGCUACUUUUCCAAAGCGUUCGACAUGCGAAAAGGAGGAACGUAUCGUCUAUGCUUGGGCGAGAGAUGCACCAGCACUGAAGCUACCCGAAGGUGUCGGAUUUAAAAUCGGAGGCAACAGCGGCAUUAACUACCUUGUGCUUCAAGUGCACUACGCCGAUGCAACCCCAUUCCUCGAUGGAGUGACAAGGGACACCUCUGGCAUCGUGCUCUCGCUGUUGUCUGGCGACACCAAUGAGGUGAGGAGGAGAGCGGGAGUUUUAAGAAUAAGGGCAGGAGGCAUGAUUCCCGCCAGGCAUUGGGAAAACAUGGAGGUUGCCUGCCAGUUCAAGGAUAACAUAACCCUAUACCCGUUUGCGUUUCGGACCCACACGCACUCGCUCGGGAAAUUGGUGACUGGUUACGUGGUGAAGAACGGGACCUGGAUCAACAUCGGCAAGCACAAUCCUCUCGAAGCCCAAAUGUUUUAUCCUGCUAAAAGUGCCGUAACAAUUGUCAGGGGAGACAUCUUGGCAGCACGCUGCUCCAUGUACAAUUAUAGGAGCAGAGACACCUAUGACGGCCCCACCAACGACGACGAGAUGUGCGCCUUUUAUUUCAUGUACUACGUGGAAGGGGACGAGAUAACGAGUAUGGAAGAGUGCCGCUCCCAGGGACCCCCAUCGUACUACUGGCGAAAGGACCCCUUGCUCAGGAACCUGAUCACAUCGGAUAUUGACAAAGAUGCCAGCACCCCUGACUGAAGCGGGGAACUAACCAGGUUUCAACAACUAGGACUUCCUUGUGUGUAGUGUCCCUUUUUACCAUUCAAUAGUGGGAAGUGUCAGUAUUAUUUGUCUGCUCGUUUUGAACUGGUGAGAGGGUGUAGAUGAUGACUUUGUUCAUGCAGGACAUG